AUGAAGAUGUUCCUGGUCCUUGCCUCUGCCUUGCUCCUCUGCUCCAUGGCCACCGAGGGAUGUCUGACUUCCUCGGGGAUUCGUGAUGUCCAGUUCCUCAUUAGACAAAAGCAGGGGACAGACUGUUUGUGCCUGCCUAUUCCUUCGGACAAUUGCACUACUCCCUGCUUCAAAGAAGGGCUGUCGCAGAUGAUCAACUCCACAACGGAGGAAAAACUCCUCAUGAGUUUACAUCGGUUGAAAAAGGCAAUUGAACACUUAAAGGACCAAAAGUGCUCUUUCUUUUCCUGUGAACAGCCGUGCAACCGAACUACAACAGGCAACACUCUGACUUUCCUGGAGAGUCUCCGGGAAACUUUCCAGAAGCAAAGGAUGAAGGGCAGAAUAUGA